AUGGCAUUGCUUGGAUCUCUCACCAAUAUGUUACGUCAAAGCUCAUCGGCGUUAAGAAGAAAUGUAUUCCGUAAUUCAAAUAAAAGUUACCAACCAACUGCAACCAAUAAUAAUAUACCUUUACAAGAUCUCUCAAAUGUUGAACAAUACGGUGAAAAUGAAGAUUCUCUAAGGCUGAGAAGAAAUGACAAAUGGUCCAAGGAUUUACGACCCAGUAGGAAAUUUAAUGCAAUCUCAAUAAUAGGAUUAUUACUGAUACUAUAUGUAACAACAAUAACGUUUUUGAAAGAGUUUACAGGUGCUGAUGUACCUCAAUGUCGAUCUAUAUAUAUGUACCCAUCUUAUGCAAGAAUUGAUGGAUUUAGUAAGCAAUUCACACCAUUGGCUCAGAAAUAUCAUCUAUAUCUCUACAGAGAACAGGAUAAAGACCAAGAACCAAUGAAUAACGACCAUAUUCAAUUAAAUGGGGUACCCGUGCUAUUUAUUCCAGGUAAUGCCGGCAGUUUCAAACAAGUUAGAUCUAUCGCCUCGGCAUGUGCAAACUUGUUCUUCGACUCUAAGGAUUCCAUUAAUAACCCAACAACCCAAAAUAUUGACUUCUUUACCGCAGACUUCAAUGAAGAUUUUACUGCAUUUCAUGGACAGACGAUGCUAGAUCAAGCAGAAUACUUGAACGAUGCAAUAGCAUACAUUUUAUCCCUAUACGAACAAUCGAUUGAUGGUAAAACGAACACUGUUCCAGAAUCUGUAAUAAUAGUUGCUCAUUCAAUGGGUGGUAUAGUAGCGAGAGUUAUGCCAACCUUACAAAAUCAUGUUUCUGGCUCUGUGAACUCUAUAAUAACGUUGUCAUCACCUCAUGCUGCUGCUCCAGUUACAUUCGAUGGAGAUAUUCUAAAGAUAUAUAAGAGAACUAAUGAUUUCUGGAGGAAUCAAUUUGAUGAUAAAGAAUCGUUCUUUUCAAAUAAUAUUUCCCUGAUAUCGAUCACUGGUGCAGUUCAGGACAAUGUUUUACCAGCUGAUUAUGCUGCAGUACAAGAUCUACUCCCAAUAGAAAAUGGUUUCACCACUUAUACUACUACAAUUCCAGGAGUGUGGACACCAAUAGACCACUUAGCUAUCGUCUGGUGCAAACAACUAAGACUAGUUAUUUCUAGGUUGCUACUUGAAAUGAUAGACAAUACAGUCCCAAGUAAGACUAAGACUUUAAAAGAAAGAAUAAAUAUCUCACAAAGACUAUUAUUGUCUGGAUUUGAACAAUUUUACAAUAAUGAUUUAUCUGAAAAAUCCAGUCACGUUUAUCAACCUGGGGAGUCAACUAUUGAUGCAGAUCAUUUUAAUUUGGUUGCUAGUGAUAAACCGUUCAUAAACACAAAGAGUACCGAUUCUCUAAAAAACACAGAACCGUACAUUAUUUAUAUCCCAAAGGAUCUUGCGAACAAAUUUGAGUUUAUACUGAUGACGAGUGGAAAGAAGGCAUCAUUAAGAUUAUGCAAAAACUCCAUUCAAAUAGAAUGCAUUUCAUUAACUGAAGAUCUAUUGACAGUCCCUCGAUCGACGCUAACAACUGAAUAUCCUGCUGAUUCGUCCUUGGAAGAAAACAAUAACCCAUUCAGAUAUUACCGAAUAAAGCAUGACCAACUAACAAAAUAUGACUUCAUCUUACUUGAUAACAUUAGCAAUGAAAACUUCAAUGAUGAUGAUUUUGUUUAUGCUUCCUUCAGUGAAGUUUCUCAAGCAGAUAAGAUAGAUAUCACACAAAUAAACAUGUUUUUAUAUGGAUUGCAAAAAAAUGUUAAAUCCGAUGAAACAAUAACUUCGAUUGACUUAGAAUUCUUACAACAGUCCGAUGCACUACUAUCCUAUAAUGUCAAUAUUAAACCAGAGGUUGAAAGCUAUAAUACCUUACUAUUCCAACCGAUGAUAAGGCAGUACAUCCCGACUCCGUCAGAAAGUAAAUGGUAUGUGAAUAUCAUUACCCAUAAUAAUUUGGAAGUAAAUAUGCACAAUGUGGCACCAUUUAUUCCUGUUAAUAUAAGUGAACCACAUAGUCUACACUUAAAUGUUCUCUUACCCCCAGGAGCUUCGAUUAAAAUCGAAGUAACAAUAAACUGGUUACUAACCAUAAAGAUGUUAUUUAUCAGAUAUAGAUUAGCAAUUGGAUCAUUACCAAUAUUUUUUGUGGCCUUAGUACUAGCGAUGCAAUUUUACCAUUACAGUAGAACUGGAAAAUAUGAAAACUUUUCAUUUACUUUAUCACACAUCCUAGAUAAGUACUCUUUGGUUAUAUUUCUAAGUUCCUUAAUACUUACUCCGGUUACUAAUUCCAAUGGUAUACAACAUAUUCUCUACUACUUAGAUCCUGUGAAACUUAAUAGGCCUUUUAUUUUAUCUUCAAAAAAUCUUUUUACAAACUUGUAUUUCUUAGGCAUAAGGAAUUGGGCUCAAGCUUGGAUUGGCUUAUUAUUUGCAUUAAUGUCGCUAGGUUUCCUCUGGAUAAUUUCUAGCUCUAUUGUAAUUGUGAGAUACAUGGUGAUACUGGCGACAGAUAAAAUAUGGUCUUCUGGUGUGGAAAAGGAUGAUGAAUUUUUGAAACAUAGGAAAUUGUUUGAUAGAAAGAGGAUACUGACGUGUAUUUUAUUAAUCAUUGCCGUGGUCUUUUAUGUCCCUUACCAACUUGCAUAUGUUAUUGCAACCUUAAUACAAGCAGGUACCUGUGUUCGUAUUGUUUUUCAUAAACGCAAAUUCAAGAGUAUUCGGAACAGAGAGUAUAGCAAUUUGGAAAAUUAUAAUAUUUCACUUCUAAUUUUAUUUCUAAUUGUUGCAAUAAUCAAUGUCCCAGUCAUAAUAGUGUUUUUACAUAACCUCAGUAUCAACUAUGAGACAACAUUUAGAUCGCAUCAUAAUUUUAUUGCUGUGACACCAAUAAUAUUAUUGGUAUCAACUAACUCUACAUUUAACAUGCCAACAUUUCCCAAAAAAUCUUUCGAUUGGUUUAUAACAAUAAGUAUUUUUGGAUACUUGUCCUAUUUUUGUGUCAUAUAUGGGACCAGAAAUCUUUACUUCAUCCAUGAUAUUGUAAAUAUUGCAUGCGGCUGGUUAUUUUAUGGCUCUACCACACAUUAUAUGAGAAGGAAAUGA